AUGUCAUCAUUAUCUCGAUACAAGAUAGUAUGUGAAUACAUUGGACAAACAUACACAGGUUGGCAAAGACUAUCUAUUUCAAAGACUUCUACAACAACAACAACAACAACAAUUGAUGGGUCACCUGUGAAUGAUUCAACAAAAAAACAAGAAUAUAAAUAUAAAUACAACAAAUACAACAAAUACAAUAAAUAUAGAGAUGAAGAGGAACUAGAUGAUGAAAAGAAAGUAGGACCAAGAGAGAAUGGAAGAUCAAUACAAUAUGCAAUUGAACAUGGAUUAUCACAUAUUAUGCGACAAAGAAUACAAAUUGUCGGGUCGAGUAGAACAGACUCGGGAGUCAACUCACUCUGUCAGGUGGCACAUUGCGAUCUACCUAAUCAACGAUACGACAAGAAAGGAACGAUCGAACAAGAACAACUCACACCAUCCAUCAUCAAGAUUGCAUUGAAUCAACAACUCAAGAGACACAAUCACGACAUUCGUAUUGUAUCGGUCGAAAAGGUAGACAAUGAGUUUCACUCUCGUUACAAUGCCACCUCUCGCACCUACCUCUACAAGAUCAUGACAGGAGUACGCCCAACAGAAGUCCCACUCGAGCUCAAGAACAAGGUGUGGCCCAUCUGGGAGACACUAGAUAUUGAUCAAAUGAAAGAGACUGCAUCAUUUUUACAAGGUCUACACGACUUUGAUAGUCUUCGUAGUGCAAAGUGUCAAGCAAAGUCACCAAUACGAUCCAUAUCUCAUAUUAAAAUAAUAGAUCUACCUCUACCUGAUAUUUGGAGGUAUAAUAAUGAUGAUUCGACUCCACCGAAAAUACAAUACAUUGGAUUAGAAAUUAAAGGUAGAUCAUUUCUACAUAAUCAAGUUAGGAUCAUGUCAUCGUGUUUGGCAGAGAUUGGAAGGGGUCAUAUGACACUCGACAAUUUAAAAGAGAUUAUGAAGGGUAGAGAUAGAACACUUGCACCAGCAACGGCGCCAGCCUAUCCUCUAACACUUGUCAAAGUAUCAUAUGGUGAAAACAUUGAAAUUGAUGAUACCCAAACUAUCAGAUUACAACAAUUACUUGAUGAAAGAAAGGAAUUUGAAUUAAAUAAUAAUAAUAUUAAUAAUAAUAAUAAUAAUAAUAAUAAUGACCAAAAAGAUAAUAAGAAAAGUACUACUAAUUCCCCUGGUUUAAUCGAUAGACUAUUAACUUUACUAAAAAAAUAA